AUGGCAGCAGCGCACACACAGCGCAUCACCAUGGCAACAACGCACACACAGUACGUCGCCACGGCAGCAGUGCACACAUGGCGCAUCACCAUGGCAGCAACGCACACACGGCAUAUCGCCAUGGCAGCAGCGCACACACCUAGCGUCGCCAUGACAGCAACACACAUGGAGCGUCACCAUGGCAUUGCGCUUCUUGUUCUACGUCCUCUCUUCCCAAAGAAGAACUACGAAUGUCUGACCAGCUGUGAGUUCCUCAAGUACAUCCUGGCAGUGAAGCAAGGGGACUGCCCGUCCCCUGAGAAGGCCAGCGGCUUCGCUGCCGCCUGCGUGGAGAGCUGCGAAGGGGACAGAGAGUGCUCCGGGCUAAAGAAGUGCUGCUCCAAUGGGUGCGGGCACACCUGCCAGGUGCCCAAAACACUCUACAAAGGUGUCCCCCUGAAGCCCAGGAAAGAGUUACGAUUCACAGAGCUGCCUUCCGGAGAGCUGGAGAUCAAGUGGUCUUCGAAAUUCAAUGUUUCCAUUGAGCCUGUGAUCUACGUGGUACAGAGACGGUGGAAUUACGGUAUCCAUCCAAGUGAAGACGGUGCUACCCACUGGCUGACCGUGGCUCAGACCACAGAUGAGCGAGUUCAACUGGCCGACAUCAGACCCAGCCGGUGGUACCAGUUCCGAGUGGCAGCUGUCAACGUGCAUGGGACCCGAGGUUUCACCGCUCCCAGCAAGCACUUCCGUUCUUCCAAAGAUCCAUCCGCACCCCCAGCUCCAACCAACCUGCGGCUUGCAAACUCCACCAUCAACAGUGACGGCAGUGUGAGCGUGACGAUCGCGUGGGAGCUUCCUGAGGAAUCGGAUCUCCCGGUCCAUCACUACAAAGUGUUCUGGAGCUGGGCCGUCAACAGCAAGUCCCUUGUCCCCACGAGCAAGAAGCGGAGAAAGACCACAGAUGGGUCCAACAAUUCUGUGACUCUGGAACUACUGCAGCCAGACAGCAGCUACAUGGUGGAACUGCAGGCCAUCGCAUACUGGGGACAGACGCGACUCAAGAGUGCAAAGGUGUCACUUCAGUUCACGUCCAUACACACGACCAACCACAAAGAACCGCUUGGGAAAACUAGAAAAGGUGUCAUUCAGAUCCAGCCCCCUGUUCAGAGAAGACCACCCACUCGGCUGCUGGAAAUUGGAGCCCCCUUCUACCAAGACAACCAAUUGCAGGUGAAACUCUACUGGAAGAAGACCGAAGACCCCAGUAUCAACCGCUAUCAUGUGCAGUGGUACCCAGAAUUCUGUUCCCACAACGAUACCACCAGUUCUGAGAAGUCAUCCAGCACAACGCGUGAGAACUACAUCAUCCUGCACGAUCUGAGGUUUUCCUGCAAAUACAAGGUGAUGGUUCAGCCUGUCCGGCCCCAGGGCCACGGGAUGGUUGAGACCAUGCUCUUCACCACUCCCCCCUGCUCUGCUCUCAAGGGGAAGGACAACAAGCAUCCUCCCUGCCCAGGAGAACCAGGCCACGUUCUUUCCAAAGUGUUGGCCAAGCCGGAGAACCUUUCUGCUUCCUUCGUGGUCCAGGGCAUCAACAUCACAGGACACUUCUCUUGGAAGAUGGCCAAGGCCAACCUGUACCAGCCCAUGACUGGGUUCCAGGUGACGUGGGCAGAGGUGACCACCGAGAGCAGGCAGAACAGCCUGCCCAACUGCAUCAUCUCACAGUCCCAGAUUCUACCCUCGGAUCAUUCCAUGCUAUCGGUGCCCAACCUGCGGCCAUCCACCCUUUACCGGCUAGAAGUGCAGGUGCUGACCACCGGCGGGGAAGGGCCGGCCACCAUCAGGACCUUCCGCACCCCAGAGCUCCCGCUGUCAGCAGCCCACAGGCCUCAUCUAAAGCACCAUCACGCUCAUCACUACCAGACUUCUCCAGGGAGACACUAG